AUGUCAUACAACCCUUACAACCAAGGGCCGGGCGCCGAGGCGGGCUAUGGCCAGCCACCGUAUGGCUCCCCGCAGCAAUCAUACGGCUCGCCCCAGCAACAAUACGGCUCACCUCAACAGCAAUAUGGCUCACCCCAGCAGCAGUACGGAUCCCCUUAUCAAGAAGAUCACGGCGACGACGGGGCGCGGCAGCAGCUAGACGACCUAGUAGCGGCGACCCAGGUCAAGAACACGUCGAUCCGCAGCCAGAUCCAGCAGCUGAAGUCCGAUACGGAGCGCACGACGGACAGCACCUUCGGGCUGAAGAAGCGGCAGUUCGAGAGCCUCAACUCCGACUUCAAGGACACCAUCCAAAAGUAUCUAGAGGAAGAGCAGCAGUACAAGCAGCGGUUUCGCGAGCAGAUCGCCCGUCAGUACCGCAUCGUCAACCCGGAGGCGACCGAGCAGGAGGUGCAGCAGGCGGCCGACGCUGACUGGGGUGAUGAGGGUAUCUUCCAGACCGCUCUCCGAACAAACCGUACCGGCCACGGCGCAACCGUGCUCGGCAACGUGCGCGCGCGCCACAACGACAUGAUCAAGAUCGAGAAGUCGAUCUUGCAGCUGCUCGAGCUGCUCGAGAUCCUCAGCCAGCAAAUCAUCCAGCAGGACCCCAUCAUCGCCGAGGUCGCCGCCAAGGCUGAGGACACAACCAAGCAGCUGGACAAUGCCAACCGUCCAGAUCAAGAAGAGCACCACUAG